GAGGAGGACGAGGAAGAGGGGAACGAGGAGAACGAGGAGGAAGAGGAAGAGGAAGAGGAAGAGGAAGAGGAAGACAAGAAGGUGCUCAAAGAGGACCGAAUCUGACAAAUGAGAUCCGCGCAACACUGGUUGACCACGUUGUCAACCACGGCCUGACGCUGAGGGAGGCUGGACUCCGAGUACAGCCAAAUCUAAGCCGAUAUACAGUGGCAAGUGUGAUGAGAACAUUUCGACUGGAAAAUAGGAUUGAGGGUCAGGGACGACAAGGGGGAAGGCCUCCUAUGUUCACAGAACAGCAAGAGAGGGAGAUAGUAAACAUGGUUUUGGCCAACAAUGCUAUAACACUCAAGCAGCUCCAAGCUAACAUUGUCAAUAACCACGCCAUUUUCAAUGAUAUCCAUCAGGUCUCAACAUCAACACUGGCACGCAUCCUAAAAAAGAAACAUAUUCAAAUGAAGCAAAUUUAUCGAGUGCCUUUCGAGCGCAAUUCCGAAAGGGUAAAACGACUGCGGCAUGAUUAUGCAGAGGUAUGUAUUCACUUUAGCAGUGUGAUCUUGCAUACUGUCUCAGUUUUUUUACUGUACUGUAAUAUGUAUACUAGAUCUACACUGAACUACACAAUUUUGCCGGACACUGUUUUUCAGAGAGUUUUACGAAUGGAUGGAGAGGAGAUCCAGCAUGAGUUCAUUUACGUAGAUGAGGCUGGGUUCAACCUGACGAGAACACGAAGGAGGGGAAGAAACAUCAUUGGCCACAGGGCUAUAGUCAAUGUCCCAGGGCAACGUGGGGGUAAUAUAACACUCUGUGCAGCCAUUACACAGAAUGGGGUCCUCCACCGCCAUGCCCAUAUGGGCGCUUACAACACAGCACUCAUACUUACAUUCUUGGACCAAUUGCGCAACAUAACAGCAGCAAAUCAAAUAAAUCAUAUGCAAUACAUUGUUGUCUGGGACAAUGUGUCUUUCCAUCGCUCUGCUCUGGUUCAGAACUGGUUUCAGCAACAUCCACAUUUCACCGUCUUAUAUCUUCCACCAUACUCUCCAUUCCUCAACCCUAUAGAAGAGUUUUUCUCGGCAUGGCGGUGGAAGGUAUAUGAUCUCCGUCUCCAGGCUGAGGUACCCCUCAUCCAAGCCAUGGAGGAGGCCUGUGACCAGAUGGAGGUAGCAGCAAUGCAAGGAUGGAUUCAUUCGUCAUUCAAGACGUUUCUUUCCAAGGUGUCUUGCUAA